UCUUCUCUUUCAGGCAACGUCUCAUCAGUUCUGUUUUGCUUAUCUAAUCAAUGCUAUUCAAAAUAACUAGCUUCGAAUUCCUCUCACUCUCUCAUUCUAUCAAAGAAGCAGUCAAGUGAGAUUGUCGAGAAGCUCCUUUGACUAAAAUGCGUCCCUCGGUCAUCCUUCUGGCCCUUGCCAUCACAACUUGGCUCUCUGAACACUGGGGAACUGCAACCGUAGUUGAAGACUUCAACCAUGUCGAGAGAUGCAAGGAAUCGCUGUAUAUGGGCACCCCACCACGAGGCUUCAGAGACAGCAGACUGAAGAAGAUCUGCCAGCAUUAUGCUGACAAACCCAGAUACGUGACCCUGUACGACUCCAAAAACCGUAUCCCGGUUUACUCUGCAUACACCUUCAAGAAAACAGAGGGCGAUCGGCGUGUGGACUAUCCCUGGAUGUAUGAACCGCAGCUUGCAGAGCUUGACGGGAAUGGGAACAUGCUGCCGUUCCCCACCGGAUACUUACACAUGAAGUUUGAGGACAGCCAGGCGGUUUUGGAUGACUACUCUGAUGUGGUUCUGUACGAGAGAGGCCAUCUGAAUCCAGACCAGCACCAGUCAGACCCACAGGACCGAGCAGCCACCUACACGCUUACCAACGUUGUGCCAGAAAUCCGUGAGUUUAACAUCGGACCAUGGCGCGAACACGAAGAGCGCAUCCGCGUGCGCCUCAACAACUUCUGCCGGGGUAGAGCCUAUGUUGUAACUGGGGUUACCACUACUGGAAACAUGAUCCGGCGCAACAACCAGGACCGGGUUGGCAUCCCCGAAGACGUGUGGUCUGCCUACUGCUGCACUGAUUACGACCGGAACGCACCACACAACAUACGCAUCCGUUUCCCCACACAAGCAGCCCUCGCUAAGAACGCAAAGGAGGGGAACAGAGUCCAAGAGAUCACUGUGCAGGAACUGGAAAUCUACCUGACUAACAAAAUGGCUGUAGACAAGAAUUUCCAGCUGUUCUAUGAUAACUGCAACUCACCUUCACCUCUUCCUCCCUACCUUAAUUAUGCCAAAUGAUCUGUCUUACCUCCAGAUUAUAGCUUUGCUUGUGGUGUAAAAUGUUUCUUAUUUUCUUCUUUCCUGUAGCUUCUCUGUAUAUUUCUGUACAAUUUUUAGAAUACGAGUUUAAAACUAAGUCCUGUUAGAUCUGUAGAAUGUUAAAUUUAGUGUCUUUUGAUGUUAUGCAAUAUCGUUUAAAUAUUUGGGGCUGGUAAGAUUUAAAGAAAUUAAAAGAAAAUUAAGAGAAAAAGAAAU